GGGACUCGGUUUUGCAAAUGACACAUAUGUCUAUGUUGCAUCUGGAGAAAUAUAUGGAGGAGAUGAGACUCUCAGACCUCUAAGAGAACUCUUUCCAAACUUCUAUACAAAAGAAAUGAUUGCUAAUGAAGGGCUGAAACCUUUUCUUCCCUACUCUUCACGCCUUGCUGCCAUCGACUAUAUUGUCUGUGAUGAGAGUGAUGUUUUUGUCACAAAUAACAAUGGGAAUAUGGCCAAGAUUCUUGCUGGUCGAAGGAGGUACAUGGGACACAAGAGGACCGUCAGGCCAAAUGCUAAGAAGCUUAGUGCUUUGUUGAUGGCGAGGGAUAAGAUGGAUUGGGAUACUUUUUCCAAAAAAGUGAAGAUAAGCCAGAGGGGAUUCAUGGGAGAGCCGGAUGAGAUGAGACCAGGAAGGGGGGAGUUUCAUGAAUAUCCGUACUCUUGUAUCUGCCAGAAACCUCUCAAUGAUGUUGAGACCAGCAGAAGCAGGGUACAAGUAGGAGAGAGUUAUGGUGAGAAUCAAAGAAUGGGGCAGAAAAAUGUGAGAAAACCACCAGUGUCUUUAGGAGACAAUGAUGACAAACUAACAGGGUGAUGGCACAGAAAAUGUCUCGUCUCAUGGGUGAUGGCACUGCCUUUUUGUCUUGGAUGCUUAUUUUCAUUACAGAAGAUAACUCUUGCAACCACACCAUUAGAGCUGAAGCAUACUGAUAACUUGUUUCAGUUGCUCUGGUUCUGUGGAUGGACGAGCAGCUUGAUAUUUUGUACAGUAAAGAAGACUUCUUCGAGCUGCAACUGUUCAUAAUAUUUUUGCUAAUUAUGUAGGAUUAAGUAGGUAUGCUAAUUUAUUCUGGAGGUUAUUUUGUUGGAUUUUGGUAUAUUUAACUGUAUUCAACUGUUUCUAAUUUGAAAUUGAUGGUCAUAAAGAAAAUAUAGUCUCACAAUGAGAAUAUGGAGUCUGUAAUAUAGUAUCAAAAACUUA